UCUGAAAAUAGCAAAAUGAAGAAAUUUGAAAAUAGCCAAAAUUAAUGACGCAAAACCCUCAAUCGUACUACUCCUAGGGUUUACACUAACCGGACUCAGACGGCCAGACUCAGCAACCCAAUCAGUGCUGUUUGUUUUUUUAAAAUUGCAAGCAAUGGAGGCGGUGGCGGCGGACGGUGUCGCUAAUUCUUCACUUGAGAGGAGAAUAUGGGCUAGCUCUGUUGUGGAAAGUAUGGUGGUUGAGACUGCUUUUAAGUCUCUUGCUUGCUUCUUCUAUGUGGCUGGAUCACUGCUGAAUGAUAUCAAUGCUAUCAAUGAGCGGUUUCCUUUGGAUGAACUAUUCAAGAGGAAGAGCCCUGAUGCAGAAAACAAAGAUGCUAGUGAUACAGAAGAUGAUGACGAAGAUGAUGCUGAUGAAGAUAAUGUAGAUCCAGACGAUGACGACGCAAAUGAUGAGGAUUUCUCAGGUGAUGAUGGAGUGGAAGAAGUAGAUCCCGAGGAUGAUCCUGAAGCCAAUGGUGAAGGAGGAAGUGAUGAUGAGGAGGAAGAUGAUGACGAUGAUGACGACGACGAUGGUGAUGGAGAGGAUGAUGAUGAGGAUGAAGAAGAGGAAGAAGAAGAAGAGGAAGACGUUCCCCAGCCACCAGCAAAGAAGAGGAAGUGAGUGAUAGCAAGUAGCAGGUCUUUUUGUGUAGUGUAGGUUUAAGUAGGGUAGAAAUUACCAUCCUUGUUCUGAAUGAACGAACCUGUGUUCUGCCACCAUUGUUGUCUUCCUGCCACAGAUUAUUAUUGUGCUGUAUAAUGUUUUAUCUUUUUUUCUUCUUCUGGAAUUUAUAUUAGUUAGCGGAACUGGUUAUAUUAUA